AUGGAGAUCUCAUCGAGUCUUUCGAGUAAUGGAGUUGUUGCAGCUGUUAAAACUGGCUCCAUAAACGCCGAGGCAGAAAGCAGUUCGUCUGAUGACAAAUUAUCUUCUGAUGAUAAGCCUGCCGAGAAAAAGGCUGAAGAAGAUACCAAGGCUCCUAAAGAGGAAAGCACUAGUGAUGAUUCUAGCGAGGAAACUGAUGAAAAAGAGAUUGAUGCUCGUUUUGGCCCUGGUCGUGGUCUUUUUGUCGGUGGUCGUUUUCGCGGUGGUCGUUGUGGCGGUCGUCGCCUUUGUAAGCAGGUUUGUUGA